UGGUGAGAAUGGACGCAGAGAAGAACCACCAUCGCUCCAAGAAACUGAGCACUUUGGAGAAGGGCCUGAUAUUUCUCUUCGUGGCUGUUACCGCAAUCUGCAUUGCUCUUAUGGUCAUCUACUUCACUGACAAAUCUGACUCGUCUACCGAAGAAGGAGUGGACUCAGGGUGUGGCGGUCCUCAGGAGCUGUCGGGAGAGUCGGGCACCUUCACCAGCUGGAAUUACCCCAGUAGCUAUGACAACGGCAAGAGCUGCGCCUGGCACAUCACUGUGAACCCCGGCAAGGUGAUCCAUCUGUGGUUUGAAGAGUUUGCUUUGGAGGACACCCAACUCUGCACAGCAGACGCUGUCACACUCAGAGACUCGCUGGGAGUCAUCGGAAAAUAUUGUGGCUAUACCAUGCCUAAGCCGGUGGUGUCACUGGAAAACCACAUGAUGGUCUACUUUGACACAAAUGAAAGAAAGACAGACCAAGGAUUCAAGGCUCAUUAUAAAGCUGUGGCUCCGGAAAGCACAUCAGAAAUAGCAGGAGCCGGCGGCUUUCUGCAAGGUGACCAGGGGAUCUGCUGA